CGCCAGCGGUUUUUUUGUUAUUUGUUUAUUAUGAUUUCUUUAUGACAUGAAUUCAUGUGUUUGUUUGCAUUUUUCGUUAGAUUUUAAAAUCUGCAAAGGCAGGGCCAAUACCUGUUUUCGUCUAUUAGUCCAUCUUCUUUUUAUUAAGCUGAAAAAGGGAAACAUUUGAAUUUAACGAUGGACUUGUCCGUGAGAAAUUUCAUAACGAUUCUCAGAAAUCACUCGUCUGGCAGAUCAAAGUAUUCUGCCAAUGUGUUUGUACCUGCUUGUGAAUCUGUUGAACAACACGCAUUUCUCAACGGGUUAUCGGACGAAGAGUUUUUAGGUGUAGCUAAAGCUUUGGCCAAAUGCAAUCCCAAAAAGAAUAAUUUACCAUCCAAUGCUACCCAGAAGAUCAUCCGUUUAUUGAUCCCAGCAGGAAGACCUAGAGUAAAGGAUGUGGAAGUAUUGCUUGUUUGGUUGAUGAGUUAUUGGAAAGAUUUGCCAAGGAAUGCUGCAAAAACUGCCUUGAUGUGGUUUAUAGGUGCUCUCCAAUUUGAGUUAAUCCGUCCAGAAGAUGUUAACUGGUCUUAUGAUGUCUUCUGCGGCGUAUUUGAAAUCAAAUCUUUAAAUCUUCAACUCAUCAAAUUUCUCGAAUUGAUGACAACACCGAACUUGGUCACUAGAUUCAGGACCCAGAUGCUUUGGAAUGAAUGCAGCAAGAGUAGCAACCAAAAACCUGUUUUUCAACUUCUCAGCUUUUACAAAUCCAUUCGGCCCGACAAGGUUCCGAUGCAGAUUCCUGUAUUUACUUCUAAUUUCCAAGGCUCCACUGGAGAGAAGACAUUGAUGGAUCAACUUGAAAGGGCAGCAGCAAGGGCAGAUCAACCAAAAGACAAUCCAGAGGGCUACAACUUCGCACAAAUUCGAUGGGCUAUGCAGCGAGCAAGACGAAGUAAAAAGCAAGGGCAAGUGCUUCCUACUAUUAGCUACACUGCUAAUGUUGCAGCUAGAACUGAAAACGUUAAAGAGCUUUUGGAAUGCGAAACAUUGAAUGAUGUCGCUGUCAACAUUCUCACUGCUAGAACACCAGCUCAGGUUUUAUCCUUGGCCACUUCUCCAGAAGCAAUUUUUUUCCUCAAGUUCAAAGAUAGCGGCGAACUGACCGCUAGAUUCAACUACUGCCUCCUUAGAAUGUUUGGAAGCCUGGAGAAUCUCUACUUCAACCCUCAGUACAAAGAAGACAUUUCUCAGCUACUUCAGUGCAUUGCUACCAAGCAGGAUAUUGAUUUGGAAGGGUCAAUUGUUGUGACAAAUUUCAUUCAAAAUUUUUUGAAGUACAAUCGAAACCCAAUUUUUUUGCCUCUGGUUCUGAAGCUGCUGAAAUGGCCAAGAUUUGAGGGGCCUAUAGAUUUGUAUCAAAACUUGUUAAUCCAUGUAGAAAGUGCAUUUGCCUCAGCCACCUUCCGACACAAGGAACUGAUCAUCGAGUCCCUCUGGAACUUGGCCAUAAACUUGUUAAGUGAGUUGGAAGACAAGCUGGCUGAUGAUUUUGAGUGGAGUCCAAAAGAAACCUUGCAAAUGAUCUUUGGAGUCAUUGAGAAAUUUUAUGAUCACUGCAUUGCAUCAAGGGGCUUGACAGACACGGGCGGAAUGAUUCCGAGUGCCAUUACACAUUACUUAGAACUAUUUGGGAUAGAGGCCACACUGCAUCACAGUUUCUCUUUGCACACUGUAGCACCCAGAAGUGUUCUUCUUUGUAGUUUGAUUGGUGGGCCUUCUUACUUGGUAGAACAGUGUUCAAAAUUGAUUGUCUUAUACAAGAGCAUGCUCCCGAAACUGCCAAGAGCUGCAAAGAAAGAAAUGAAUAAGUCUGCGGAAAUGCUAGAUGAGGUGUUUCUCUGCUUCUUUGACAUUCUAUUUGAUGUUGACAAAGGAACAUCACUCCUCACAAGGGUUGUCAAAAAGAAUGCAAUUCCUGUUAUCAGUAAGACAAUUUUGAAAAAGCCUCAGCUUUUGAGAUACUUUGGCUUGCUGAUAGAAAGACUUCUUUCUGAAGAGGAGGCUGGCAAUGACUGGACAUUAGAGGAUUUCUUGGAAUUUUGCAACAACAAUUUUAUGAGUUUUGCAGAGCUCCUGGAAUUUACAAGAAAUGCAGAAAGCCAGCAAACCUCUAAUGAAACUUGAAAAUUAUUGAUCUGUAGUUAUAACUUUAAAAACAAUGUGAAUAUGUAAUCAGAUUUAAAACUUUUUCCCCAACUGAGAAAUAUGAGCAAUUUUUGUUUUAGCUUUUUAAAGAACGAUAAGUUUUCCAAUGUUUUCUGUCACAACUUUAUAAAUUUCACUAAUGUAAAGUAUAAAAAUGUAUUAAUAAUUUUAUUUAGUUCUUAAAUGUGAGCACUGAGCUCUCGUGCCUCUCGUUUAUACCUAAAGUUAUUAUUGAUGAUAAUAAGUCUUUUUCACUUGCGUGUAGCUGAUAAUAGGCAUGUCUUUCCGCGCACUUAAUUUGAGCAGGGAUGAGCCAUGUAGGCAACCAAAUAAAUUUUACCUUCA